ACUGAUUUUGCCAAGUAAAAUUAAAGCUGAAACUUUACCUAGGAGAAGUGACCAAGCGUUUGUUUUUUGUAAUGUGUCAACCUGAAAAUAAGCAAUAUUGAAUUUCUGAUCUGAAGUGACAGCGCCAUUCAUACAACUGAUUCAGACCACAGAAGUAUUUUUAGAAGUAUUUUUACGUGCUUCGUUUCAAGGUCGCUGUUCAUUUCCACUCCUCAAAUAUCUCUCCGCGCUAUUUUGGUAUCUGGGCCGAUGAUGGGCUGGGAUUCGUAUUAUGAUAAGCUAGAGGGUUGGGUAAAAAAGCAAUAUGAAGGUGUGGCCAGUGUUCAAAGGCGACUUGAAAGUUCUCUUAUUGAGCAGCAAAAAUAUCUGAGUGCAAAUGCACUUGCUCUCAAGAAGUACAAACAAGAGAUGGGAUUGUUUCAGUCUUUAUACUCACGCAACGUUGGUUCCAAUAGUACUAGCUCACAAUCAGAUGGAAGGCAAAGUUCACAUUCUCGACGAUACUUAAUACCACAUCCUUGUCGCCGAAUCGCUGCUGAGUGUAUCGACUUCGCAAUAAUGAUGGCACUGAAACUGGUCAUAUUAUAUUUCAUCAGAAAUGACUCCAGUUUAAUUCAGUUGGCUAAAAACAUGGGUUCGGACAUACUCUCUGGGGUCCCGGAAUAUCGUACUCUGCGACGUGCGCAUGGGUGGGCGAAGUCAGAGUCCAACGAAAGAGACUUUCGAAUAUCAAGCAUUUGGAGGUCGUUGUUCUUCGCCCACAUGGGUGCAAGAGAAGACCUUUUGGAUUUCGAGACGAUUAUACUGGCUGAUCAGAUAGGACGGUUUCUAAGUGCCCUCCUGGAGGCAAUCCUAAUUAGGCGUUCAAUUUUCGGAUCUGAUCCUGGAGGUGCAACCUUUGGGAAAUGGUUAAUGAAUCUGAAGGUUGUUUCAUGUGAAGAAAUUAUACCUUUUCCAGAUGUCGUUGAGGUAGUUCCAGGAGCUGAUCUGGGGAUUGUUCGAGCACUUGUACGUUCGCUGUUGAAGAGUACAAGUUUUCUUACUUUCUUCUCAUUCAUUUGUAUGCUGAUAUUUCAAUAUCAUCGAUGUACAUACGAUAUUAUUGCUGGAACUUUAGUUGUACAACCUAUUCCAUCAACGAAUCAUCAAUCAAACAGUAAUAAUAAUGAACAACCACCAAGACAACAACAAGAACAACCUCAACAAUAAUGAUUGAAGAUAACCAAUAAUAUUUAAAUAUCAGACUUAAAUUGUUUAAAUAAUCAAUCAUAUGUCCCUUUUGUACAUCUAUUUAAUGUGUGUUAACGUGUGGAUGCAGUUCGCACCAGCUGUAUAAUUUAUUUUCAUUUCAUUGUAAAAAAAAAUAAUUUAUUAUUCGUUUUUCAAAUCCGUUGUAGAAUUCACAAAUCAACUUUCAUCAUCUUUGUGUUGAACAGUUUAUUCUUGUUUUUUUUUUCCCUUUUUUUUCUUAGAUGUUGUACUAUUCAUAUUUUAUGUUUAAUUCAUUUAUUUCUUUUCUGUAAUUUUAUCUCAAUCAUUGGAUCUAAAUAAUAAUAUUAAAGAUACGAGAGAAUAUUGAAUACACACCUGAUUACUACCA